AUGACUUUUGACCAGACAAGUUUGGUCAUCGUCAAUGGUGAUAGGGGGAUGAGUUAGGAUAAGUUGAUAAGAGAGAAUAGUAGGGAUACCGAUCAUGUGGGUGGAGGGUCCUAAAUCAAUAAUUCAUGAUGUUGAAGUGGAAGCAAGGAGAGCAUGUAUACAUGGUGUGGAGGAGGCUGAAAAUGAGGUGAGACUAAUAGAAGUGGAAGCGUUGGUACCAUUGGUGCAACGAAGGAUGCUAUACUCUACAAGCACCAAGGUCACAUGGAAGGUAGGACUUGGAACAUGAAAAGGAGUGGAGGACGCUAGAGUUGGAAAAGUUAUCGUCAGUUGUGUAAAAGUAGGCUUGCCGAAUUACUUCCAACACUUAUUAGCCAGAUGAUUCUACUUUCCACAGUAUGGACAUGGAGGAAAGGUGUUGUGUCCACAUCCAUGAGAUGUACGACCAUCAUCAGGAUGGGAAUGAGGGAUAUCAUUUAGAGCCUCCGGAGCAGUAAUGGCAAGAGCCAAAGGAGUAGAGGUGGCACUUAGAAAAGAAAAAAAUGAGUGGAUGGUCAUAUUAGUGGUGACCCAAAAGGCUGUUGAUAAGAUAGAGGCGAGAUCAUACAUGUGAUCUCUAGAGAGAACAACCCCCUAGAUUUGAGAUGUGAUGGAUAGAUGAAGUCCAUUGAGAUAAACCCUAGUAUAAAAUUCCUAGCGAUAACAUUAGAGGAUCAAGAGGUCAGUAAUAGGGGGCUGAUAGAUAUCAACCUCCUAAAUGAAGGCCUAGAGGCAACUUGA